AGUGAUGAUGUGUCCCCACAAGUGAACACUGUCCACUGUGUAAUAAUGCCAAGGCCCUCGCGCGAAUCCUACGGCGAACAGACCCCCUACUCGUACAUAUCGCUCACCGCGAUGGCCAUCUGGAGUUCGCCGGAGAAAAUGCUGCCGCUUAGCGAUAUCUACAAGUUCAUCACGGACCGCUUCCCGUACUACCGGAAGAACACGCAGCGGUGGCAAAACUCGCUGCGGCACAACCUCAGCUUCAACGACUGCUUCAUCAAGGUUCCCCGGCGGCCGGAUAGACCCGGCAAGGGUGCCUACUGGGCCCUGCAUCCGCAGGCCUUCGAUAUGUUCGAGAACGGGAGCCUGCUCCGCCGGCGGAAGCGCUUCAAGCUGCACAAGAACGACAAGGAUCUGCUCAACGAGGAGCUAACCGCUUUGGCCAACCUGAAUCGUUUCUUCUUCACCACACGGAACGGUGGCAGUGCCUCGCAUAUGGCUCCCCUGGACAUGAACAGUGCGUCCAUGAGGCUGGAUCCACUGCCAAGGACACCCAAUCAGAACCACAUACCCCCUAAUGCCCUGGGCCAGGGUGUUGGUCUGCCCGCGCAUGUGAUGCCCAGCUCCAUGGCCAAUGCGGAGCACACGAAUCUCUCGGACAUGGGACUGUCCAAUCUGCCCUCGCUAACCAGUUCCGAUAUGGAGCUGCGACCCAAGCGAUCCUUUACGAUAGAGAGUCUGAUCACGCCCGACAAGCCGGAGCAUCACUCCGACGAUGAGGACGACGAGGAUGAUCGCGUGGACAUCGAUGUGGUGGAGUGCAGCGGGAUAGCCAGAUAUCCAACCACACCCGCCUCCGCCUCCGAGGACUACAUGUCCGCCAGUCGAUCGAGCCGCGCCGAGGAUCCCCUGCCACCGCUGCAUACGAUCAAUGCCGGUGCGCAUGUGCCCUUCCUGCACUACGCGACGGGUGCCAAUGUGGCCGGACUGCAGGCUUCGGGGAUCCAUGGUAGUCCCACCACCUACGAGCUGGCUAUAUCCCAUCCGCUGUUCAUGAUGGCGGCGCCCAUCGCCAACAUGCACAACAUCUACUACAAUAAUGUCACUCUUGUGGCUCCGGCGCAGCAAUAUCGGACACCCGAGGUCCAAACUAGAAUAGACAACGACAUGCGUACGAUAUAG